AUGCCACCAGCAAAGAAGCGCAAGACCAGAACAACUGCUGAACCAGCAGAGGAAGUUCAGGAGGCACCUAGUCCCACCAAGGCCCCGUCGCAGCCAGAACCCGAGCCAGAAAAGACAACAUCAGAACCCGAGCCCACCGCCCCGAGUACCUCAGAUGCCGCCGCGAAAGCCAAAGAGAGAGCAGAGCGAUUCAAGGCCCUCCAGGCGCGCGCAAAGACUGGCGCUCAGAAGAACCUCAAAGAAGCUACCCUCGAAUCACAAAGACUAGCCACCGACCCAAACCUUCUCACCUCCCUCAAUCGCAAAUCCGCCAUCGCCUCUCACAACUUGAUGAAAGCCGACGCCGAGGCAGCCGGCGAGGAUUUCGAGAGGAAACGAGCGUGGGACUGGACGAUCGAUGAGAGCGAGAGGUGGGACAAACGGUUAAAGAAGAAGGAUGCGCAUCGCGACGACCAGGCGUUUCAGGAUUACCGACAGGAUAGUAGGAAGGUUUAUAAACGUCAAAUACGCGAUUUGAAGGUGGAUAUGGAGGGCUAUGAAAAGGAGAAGAUGAAGGCAGUUGAGAGGGCUGCUGCGAGUGGUGGUCUGGAAAUUGUGGAAACUGAUGAUGGGGAGCUGGUGGCUGUGGAUAAGAAUGGUACAUUUUACUCUACAGCUGACUCUACUGGAUUCGUUGAACAUAAGCCCCCAAAAGAUGCGGUCGAUAGACUGGUCAAGGACUUGCAACAGGCAGAGGAGAAUAGACUGAAAAAGAGGAGAGAAAGAAUGGGCGCAGCAGAAGAUGGUGAUGUUACAUACAUCAACGAGAAGAACAAGAACUUCAACAAUAAGCUGAAUAGAUUCUACAACAAGGUAUCUCUGCUGCAACACUUUGUUCUUUUCGGGAUCUCAUACUAAUAUUUUACAGUAUACUGCGGAAAUUCGCGACAGUUUCGAGCGGGGUACAAUGAUAUAA